AUGGUGAAUCUUGGAGAUGUGUUCCCCGACUUCAAAGUCGACACAAGCAAAGGAACUAUCCAAUUCCACACAUUUAUAGAGGGCACGUGAGUAGAGCGAAACUUUCACGUACCUACAGCAUGUAUGUGCAGAGGUGUACUGAAUAGUGAUUGAUGUUCUUCGUUCUCGUUUUCGAUGUAGCUGCGUAACUAAAAUUAAAUCUUGUGUCACGCGGAAAUCAAGUCUCGAAGCCUUUUAAAAUUGUGGUUUUCUUUUCAGUCAUUCGGAAUUAACAUUACAUACUGGGUGGUAAUUAAACAUCUUUCCGCAAAGUGCUGACUCACUUUAACAAAGCAAAUGUUAAAAUGGCAUAGAACGUCAAGGAAGUUUUUUUUUCUGAUUCCUUUGAAAAAUAUAUUGGCACUUGGACAUUUCCUUUACCUACAAUUCAACCUAAACGACCAAUACUUUGGGGGUUUGCCCGUUAAGUUAAUUCGAUCGUGUCAAUCACAGCGCGUAUCGGUCAGAAUGUUGCAUCAUAAUUAGAAUACAUACGACAGGAUUUAUAUUCAAACAUCAUGAACUGUUACCUUAACGGUAAAAUUUACGAUGUACGAAUUAUGAUAACGGUGCGAUUAGCGGCACGUCUGUUGUAGGCUAUAAUUUAAUUAGAUGCUGUUAUGGGAAACACACCCGACCUCCUCGAUUGAACGCAUGCUGGUUAUUUCUCUUGUUCGUGAAAGAAAUGAAUUGACAACAGUGUAAAUGGCAACAGAAUUAGAUGAUUCCUUUUGACUGGUUUGAAGUGGGCCUUUCGCUAUGACUUAAAGGAAUUGGCUCGUUUGAAUCACCAGACAUUUAAUUUGAAUUUGCCUCAUGGUCUGGUGUAGAUGAACAAAGGAAUUGCUACACGUAAUUUGCAUCUCAAUAACGUCUCCUUGAUGACUGAAUUAAUUUUUCCGCCACUAAGCUCCUCAUUAGAAUUUUGUUUAGCAAAUGAUACACAUGAACACCUGUAUUCAACACACCUCAUAUUUAAGCUUACACCCUGUUUUCAGUGGACUUCAAUUUCAUCAAUAGCACCCUAACAUCAGUAUGUAUAUUCUCCUUCCUAAUGCACUGAGGAGGAGAAUCUGUUUAACAAUCAAGAGUGUCUUCUUUGGUGAUCUUUUCCUUUAUUCUUGUAACUGUAAUGUGUGAUUCAGGAGUAAUGUUGUUGGGAGAAAUUAGAUGGUUGUUACUCUUUGGUAAAGGACUAACCCUCAUAAUAACAUUUAUCAUAUAAACUGUAGUUUUAUGCAUGGUUUUCUAGCCUUGAGAAAAGCCACAACAACAAAUAUGAAAAAUAUAAUUUUUCAAUAGUUAUUGAACAAAUGUGUGGCAACAUGUGAUGUGAGAAUGGAAAAUAAUGGAAUUAGGCUUCUACAAGGAAAGCAAGAUUUGUCUAAAUUUGAUUAAUUUUGCGAAUCGAAAUUCGAUUAACACAGGAUACUAUUUUGUGCUGUUUUUGUAGACUAUAAAUUGUGUAUUUAUUAUUCUGUGGAGUUGGAUGGUCACCAUAAUUGUGGAUCUCUCUGUAACUUCCUGGAGGCUUGGUUUUUGAGAUAAGAUCGAGCAACCUUGCAUUGCUUUAAGACCAUUAAUUACAAGUUCAAAACCAUGUUUCAUCCCUAGGUGAAGUACUUUAUGCACAAUUUGGCCAUAGGUAUCUCUGAUUGUAUUUUCUGUCUUCCUCUUGUAUAUUAUUAGUUAGUAAAGGAAAUUACCACCAACUGAAGAAGCUCUUGAUCGUUAAACAAACUCUCCUUGUCAGCAACUUAUGAAAUGUGUACAGAGCAGUAUUGAAAAUAUGGAUACUGAUGCUGAGGCGUAAAGGGUUAAAGAAACUAUGGUGUUGUGGAAUUGGGUUCAACUGGCCCUUUGUUAAAAUUGGUGAUAGAGAAUUUAAAACUCUAUGGCAUGCAAAGAUGAUGUUUUAAGCUCUAGUUUUCUUUGAAACAUGGCUUUUCUGGAAAUUACAUGACUCUUAGGACCAUUAUUCACAUUGCAAUCCUUAAAAUCACAAAUCUGAAUUCUGAAAAUUUCAGUCAGUGAUGAUAAGAAAUUGUAUUCAUUUUGUUAGGUGGGCUAUCCUGUUCUCACAUCCCGCAGACUACACACCUGUAUGUACCACUGAGUUGGGACGUGUUGCUAAUUUAACCUCUGAGUUUGAAAGACGCGGUGUUAAACUUAUUGCCUUGUCAUGUGAUGGAGUUGAGUCUCACAAAGGUUGGAUCAAAGACAUACAAGGUUACAGCGGGCUUAGUGGGGAUUUUCCUUAUCCUAUCAUUGCUGAUGAAAAGCGUGAACUUGCCGUCAAACUUGGCAUGAUUGAUCCAGAAGAGAAGGAUGCUGAAGGUCUGCCUCUGACUGCCCGCGCUGUAAGUUCAUUUUGUUAAUAUCUGUGGGUAAAGUGAUGUUUAUUUUGACAGAGGUGUGACACCAAAAAUUUGCCUUACCCACCCUGAGAGGGAAUAAUAAUUAUUUAGCAUCUGAAAAAAACCCGUUGAUUAAAGAGACUAGAAAGAAAAACACAUUAUCAACUUACAUAUGAUGUCUGGGAAUCAAACCUUUUACAGUUUUUGCAUGACUGUGAGAUCAUGCCAGGUCUCUGGUUUGGUCUUAAAUCACCACAGGCUUUUCUAAAUGACUGAAAUUUUUGAAAAACUAAGAUUUUAUCAUAACAUUAUCAAAAUUUUAAGGUUGGAAUCAAAACUGUGGAUAAUAAUAAUGGAGUGCUUCUAAAGCUUACAACUCAAAUAAAAAUUGUCUUUGGCACUUUACAAUAGCAGUAAAAAAAAAUUCAAAAAGUUCAUUUAUUUAACAAACUUCUUUAACUUUGACAACUUGCAAGACUAGGAAUUUGAACUUGCCUUGGUUUUUUUUUUUUUUUAUAUGAUGACUUUCUUUGAGGAGAUCAAGUCUUGAUUAUUUUUUUCCAUCAGAGAUAACUAUAGUUUGUACAUGAAUGGAUUUUUGCCUUUUUUCCUUCAUUUAGGUGUUCAUCAUCGGACCAGACAAGAAGCUCAAGUUGUCUCUUCUUUACCCAGCUACCACUGGACGUAACUUUGAGUAAGUAAACAAAUUAAUCAAUUGAUGUGCCCUUCAUAGAAACUUGUAAAUAACAAAAAUCAACGUUUGUCAUGCAACUGAGUUUUAUGUUGCUCUCAAUGAUAUCUCACUUCACUAGUUAGCAAAUCAAGAAGCCUUGACCGUGGCUCUGUUCUGUUAUAAGUAAAGCACAUAGGAAGUGGCCAGAGCACUAAAGAAGUGUAGGGAGAAACAUGAGACAUAGUCAAGUUUGUACAGUCAUAUGUAACUAAGUGCGAAAACCUUCAAUACUUGGACUGUUCAUUUCAUUUUCUCUUUGAGGAUUUUUGUCUCUGCUCAAGUUACAAUAAUGUCAAUUAUGGGGCUUGGCAUGUCUACAAACCUUUCUUUGGUUCUUCUGUUGCUACUUGCUGGCCUGCUUUGUUCCAAAAUUUUACUUUCAAUUAAUGAAAAAAGAUCAGAGAGAAGACUGGGAAAUAGUCAGACAUAGGUACAAAUCGGCGUGACAGCUUUCAACCAGUAGCAGCGUACACUAAAUCUGAACUUUAUUACAAAUUGAGGUAUUCAAGAAGACUUGGAACGAGGUUCAAAGUUGUCAAAAAUUAAGUCAAACUUUUGAAGGAGCAAGGCAUCACACAAAUGUGAUCAUGUUCUUAAAAACAUGUUUAUUUAUUUAUUUAGCAUUUGUAGUAAUUUCACACUUGCUAUGUAAUCCCUGAGUUUUCAUUAUGAUGUUGGGUUUCUUCUCUCUCUGAUUUCAGUUUCUAGGGUCACCAGUUGUGAAAUGUUUUUAGUAUUUAAUUUAAUAUAUACUUGUAGUAAUACUGUAUUCAUUGCGUGAACUUUGAAUUUCAUAGAUCUCAGUUGCAUUAAUCAAAUGCCCCUCAAGUAAAUUGUUUUUUACUCAAAGAUUUUUUAUCCCACAUCCCUUCCAGAAUUUCAUUACACUCCUAUGCUUCACAUUGAGUGGCUUAAAUGAAACUUAUUUUUUUUAUUGUAGUGAAAUUCUGCGUGUGAUAGACUCAUUGCAGUUGACUGCCAUAAAGAAAGUUGCUACUCCAGCUGAUUGGAAGGUAACUAUCCCUUAUACUUCAGGGUUUGUGCUUGUUGAGUUAUAAGGAAACAGGAAUAACCUAACUUCAAUUGUCCCAUCAAGAUCUGAAACUUUACUAGCCACAGUAGAUUCACUAACUGUUUUAAUUCAUCAAAUAUUUUACCUAACUCUUAGAACAGAUAUUAUUUGUGAACAAAUAUCAGAGAAUGAGUUUCCUCAAAGUGAAGGCUAUUACUUGCCUUGUCUUAAUUUGUCUAUAUUUAUCUUGAAUUUCUGUUUUUCCCAUUCAUUGAAUUGAAAUGAUUCUUUAGUGGUGGUAUUUGAUCUAUCUACUAUAAUUUUUCAAGCAUGUUUCCACUGAAAUUUGGGGCAUUUUCAUAUGUCAAUGAAGCAAAAAGGUAAUUGAAAUAAGCCUUAAAGCAAUGUGUACAUCAGUGGUGAUGUAAUAUAAACAGGUUGAUAGUUCUGGUUUUGAACUUUUUGCUACUUGUUACAACAUUAAGCUUUAAGGGGGCUCUGGUUUGUUAGAUGUAUCAUGAGGUGAGCCAUCAGUUCCCCUUUAUACAUUUUCAACAUAGCUAGAGUGCAACUUUUUGUUGUUGAUAAAACAGCUUUGAUGUAUGAUUUUUACCUUAUAGAAUGGUGGAGAUUGUAUGGUUCUUCCUACUGUUAAAUCAGAGGAUGUGCCUAGACUAUUUCCAAGAGGUGUUGUAGUCAAGGACAUGCCAUCAGGCAAAGGAUACAUGCGUAUCACCCCUCAGCCAGAGUGAUGAACAGGGGUAAUGGUGUACCCAACACAUCCUUACCAUUUAUCUGAUGAUAACACAACCUAGCUAUAGCUAGAAUAAUGUAUAGUGAAGGAAAUAGUGGGUUAUCUUGAUUAUUGCAAAGUCCUUACUCAUAUUCCAAGCAUUGGGGUUAAUUGGUGAAUUUUCCCAAGCUUGAGUAGUAGGUGAUGUGGUAGGGGUCACUUGACUAUUAUUACAAAAUGUAAUAACUUAGCUGUUAAAAUAAAGACGUCUAAGUAAUUUUUCGUAAACC